AGUAGCGCGUGCGCAGUUCGCACCGAGUAACUCGGCGCUGAAAAGGAAGAACCCCAGUUCAGCAGUGACACACGCCCGGGUAACGGUACUAUUAACUGAAACAGCGUCCACGUAGUUGGUUUGCUACAUGGCUGACAAAGAGGUGUAUGAUGAUGCAGUGGAAGAAAGGGUCAUCAAUGAAGAGUACAAGAUUUGGAAGAAAAACACACCUUUUCUAUAUGACUUGGUGAUGACUCAUGCCCUGGAGUGGCCCAGCCUUACUGUCCAGUGGCUUCCAGAUGUCAGCAGACCAGAGGGGAAGGACUAUACUGUCCACAGGCUGGUUUUGGGUACUCAUACAUCAGAUGAGCAGAACCAUCUUGUGAUUGCAAGUGUCCAGGUACCAAAUGAUGAUGCCCAGUUUGAUGCCUCCCACUACGACAGCGAGAAAGGAGCAGAGUUUGGUGGAUUUGGUUCUGUUAGUGGGAAAAUAGAGAUUGAGAUCAAGAUCAACCACGAGGGAGAAGUGAACCGAGCACGCUACAUGCCCCAGAACCCCUGCAUCAUUGCCACCAAGACUCCCACCUCUGAUGUGCUGGUCUUCGACUAUACUAAACACCCAUCAAAGCCUGAUCCAAGUGGGGAGUGCAGUCCUGACUUGAGACUGAAAGGCCACCAGAAAGAAGGAUAUGGCCUUUCCUGGAAUCCAAACCUCAGCGGCAACCUACUUAGUGCCUCUGAUGACCAUACCAUCUGUUUAUGGGACAUAGGGGCCGGCUCAAAAGAAGGGAAGAUUGUGGAUGCCAAGACCAUCUUCACUGGCCACACAGCAGUGGUGGAAGAUGUUUCCUGGCAUUUGCUCCAUGAAUCUCUGUUUGGCUCAGUUGCUGAUGAUCAGAAACUAAUGAUAUGGGACACUCGGUCUAACAACACGUCUAAAGCCAGCCACUCAGUGGAUGCUCACACUGCUGAGGUUAACUGUCUGAGCUUCAACCCCUACAGCGAGUUCAUUCUUGCCACUGGUUCUGCUGACAAGACUGUUGCAUUGUGGGAUUUAAGGAACCUUAAACUGAAGCUCCACUCCUUUGAGUCCCACAAAGAUGAAAUUUUCCAGGUUCAAUGGUCUCCUCACAAUGAGACAAUCCUGGCUUCCAGUGGCACUGACCGACGUCUCAACGUCUGGGAUCUCAGUAAAAUUGGGGAGGAGCAGUCUGCAGAAGAUGCUGAGGAUGGCCCACCAGAGCUUCUGUUCAUCCACGGUGGUCACACAGCCAAGAUCUCCGAUUUCUCCUGGAACCCCAAUGAACCCUGGGUCAUCUGCUCAGUAUCUGAGGACAAUAUCAUGCAAGUCUGGCAGAUGGCAGAGAACAUCUACAAUGAUGAGGAGCCAGACAAUACCCCUGCAUCAGACCUGGAGGCUCAGGGAUCAUAACACAGCUCUAUGACUCUCAACCCCUCCUCCAUUCCCUUAUCUCCAGACCUAGCCUGUCCUUUCCUCUCUGGCUUAUCUUAAGUGCAAAGUCAAAUGUGGGUCUUGCUAACAGACAGUUGGAUUCUGUACCAUUGUGCUAUG